AUGGCCGGAGCUUUAUCAGAAUACGAGCUUCUUCGGCUGAGAAACAUAAAGAGGAACCAUGAAUUCAUGAAAAGUCUUGGACUUCCUGUUCCCGCAGUUCCCGCUGGUCUUCCAAGUCGUCCUCGCAAAACACCUGUUAAAAAACCGAAGGAGGUACCCAUUAGUCAAGAUGACGAAAGCUCAAGUGAAAGUGGUGAUGACAGCGACGAGGAUUGGGUUCCAGGAUCAGAAGAAGUUAGAAGACGAAAUAAAAUGAUAAAGAGAUUUAUCCCUGAUUUUAGACCAAAACCCCAAACCGUUCCUGUUCUGAAAAGAGAAAAGGAAACCAGCAAAUUGGUGGAGAACGAAGAAAACGCUUUCCUGAGCGCAUUUGAUGAGCUGGGUCAACUAGGCGAAGAAAUGGACUUCAUUUCAGAAGAAACUGUUGUGGUUACUGGUAAAAGAAGGGAAAGAAAGAAGACUGAAAAUAAACAUCUCGAGAAACGUAUUCAGUAUGCCACUCGUGGGAAAAAGCACUCUUAUUGUGAGCCUGAGGUUCCAGAUGAUGACCACUACAUUUUUAUCGCCUCUAAUGAACAGAGAGUUUUCCAAUUUCUUCAUUUUCACUCUUGGAACUUGAACCUUAUCGGUUUAUUAAACCUUGAAAUCAAUUUGUGUUUUUUUUAUUGUUUAGUUUGUGAAGAGUGUCAAGACCUCCAUUUCGGUGAUUGUCCAGUGCAUGGCCCUUUGCAGGUUAUAAAUGACAAGAUUAUGGAAGGAUAUUCUAAUUUGUCAUCCGCAGUGGCUUCACUACCGCCAGUUCUUAAAAUAAGCCCGUCAUCUAUUCCUGGAGCUGGUUUAGGCGUUUUCAGUACAUCUGAGAUUCCAAAAGGAGUACGAUUCGGUCCCUAUAAAGGAAAAAAGAGAGGAUGGGAGCACAUCUCAGACGAAACAAAUACGAGUUACAUGUGGGAGAUUGUGAAAGAUGGCAAGUUCAGUCAUUUCUUAGAUGGUCAAGAUGAAAGCCAUAGCAACUGGAUGCGGUUUGUAAAUUGCUCUCGAUGUGAAGACGAGCAGAACUUGGUUGCUUAUCAGUAUAGAGGCGAGAUUUACUACCGUACUUACAAGCCAGUAACUCCAGGGAAAGAGCUACUGGUGUGGUACGGAGAGAGCUACGCCCAAGAUUUAGGAAUAGCCCCCUGUGAUAAUCAGGACCACAGUAUUUCAAUAGGUGUUGGCUACACCUGCGAGGGCUGUGAAAGGAUGUACACUUCCUUAAACUUUUUACAGAGACACAAGAGAUACUACUGUUCAUCCAGAACAAUUGCAAAAAUCUGGGAAUGUAAACUCUGUAGGAAAAAAUUCACAUCGUUAUAUGAUUUUAACAGCCAUACUAGUACUCAUGCAGAUGAAAAGCAGUGUCAGUCUAAACGAUGCAACAAGACGUUGACUCAGUCUACCCAUCGGAAUAAGAUCUUCCGUACUCAUGCAAUUGAAAAGUCAUAUCAGUGUGCACAAUGUAACAAGGCAUUUAACCACUCUAUUGAUCUGACCAGGCACCUCGGUACUCACACAGGUGAAAACCCAUAUCAGUGUCCACAAUAUAACAAGGCGUUUAACGUGGCUGGUGUUCUGACCAAGCACAUCCGUAUUCACACAGGUGAAAAGCCAUAUCAGUGUCCACAAUGUAACAAGGCGUUUAACCAGGCUAGUCAUCUGACCACGCACCUCCGUACUCACACAGGUGAAAAGCCAUAUCAGUGUCCACAAUGUAACAAGGCGUUUAACCAGGCUAGUCAUCUGACCACGCACCUCCGUACUCACACAGGUGAAAAGCCAUAUCAGUGUCCACAAUGUAACAAGGCGUUUAACCAGGCUAGUACUCUGACCACGCACCUCCGUACUCACACAGGUGAAAAGCCAUAUCAGUGUCCACAAUGUAACAAGACGUUUAACCAGGCUAGUCAUUUGACCAAGCACCUCCGUACUCACACAGGUGAAAAGCCAUAUCAGUGUCCACAAUGUAACAAGGCGUUUAACCGGGCUAGUACUCUGACCACGCACCUCCGUACUCACACAGGUGAAAAGCCAUAUCAGUGUCCACAAUGUAACAAGGCGUUUAACGUGUCUGGUACUCUGACCAAGCACCUCCGUACUCACACAGGUGAAAAGCCAUUUCAGUGUCCACAAUGUAACGAGGCGUUUAGCCACUCCAGUAGUCUAUUCACGCACCUUCGUAGUCAUAGGUGUAGGUGACUUACCAUAUAAUUUUUUUCUCCAAAAAAAUGUUUUGUGUGUGGUUUAUUCUUAGACGAGACGUAUGUAUGAUAUGGUACUACAAGAGUAUUAAAAGUAUGUAGUCUCCAAAUAUUCUGCCCGACUAAAACUACUCAACUUCUUUGGCUUAGUUUAGCUUGAUUGUACCAAGUUAGUUGACCGAAGUACUUUUUAUUAAAGUA